CCUCAGGGUGUCCAUGAAUCAAAAGGAGUGACUGAAGACUACUUGAAACUGGAAUCUCUGAUACAGAAGGUCGUUUCCCCUUACUUGGGCACCUAUGGCUUGUACUCAAAUGAGGGGCCCAUCACUCACUCUUCGUGUUUUUUAGAAAAGCGAUUCUUCCGGCGCUCUAAAUCAGGAGACAUCCCCGCCAAGAACCCUGUGGUGCGAUCCAAAAGUUACAACAACCCCCUGCUGACUCCAGUAGCCGAGUAUGAAACGGAGGGGGCGGCCCCCAACAGCUCCGGCAUCCGAAGGCACUCUGUCUCCGAGAUGACCCUGUGCAUGGAGACACAGGACUACUCCAAUCUAACGACUAUCAUGGACAGCGGCUCCAGGAAUUCAAUGGCUACCACCAAAAACUCACACUCGGGAGAGGCAGAAAGGCUGUCUGCUGGCUGUGCGCAGUGCACUGGCCACCUCAAGGCACCAGAGCCACCCAAAGGACUCUCCUACCCGGGGGGUGACCCAAGCAGGGCAUUUGAGCUCUCCAGAGACCAAGACUUACUAGCCAUUGCCCCUACAGCCAGCCCGGAGAAUAUCGUGGACCAGAUUUUGGAGUCAAUAGAGUCGGAUUCCGAUGGGAUUUUCAUGGAGUUUGGCCAAAGCGGCUCCAGUUCAUCAGAGUACAACAUGGAUGUGAACAGACAGAGCGUCCUCUGAAGGACUCUGGGUGACGAUCUCGGUUCACGCUUAAGGACACCGCUGUGGGAUUCAGCAAAACCUGUCUUACGCCAUCUUGCGAGGGAGUCUCCCAGAAUACCUGAAUAAUCAGAAAUUGAGGGAGGGGAUGUCCUUCUGACCAGAGUGAUACUCGAGGGACUGAUAGAAGAUUUAGAUAAUGGUGGUACCGUUUAGCCAUAGGUGUCAGACUGUUUUUCCGGCCAGGUGCCUUCAGCUGCAAACCAGGCCCAUUGCAGGGACAGGUGCUGCAGCACAGGAAGUGGGGCCUUUGCGACAGACCUGGCUGGAGGAUGAGGGCCUGCAGCGUAAUGUCAGAUCUGCUCUCCUCCCUCCCUCCCUCUGCUGUGUGACCUGGCCCCUUGCUCAGCAGGCCAAGGGCAAAGGGGGUCUCUGGACAUGACUGGCCGUCGUCGUUCUGUCUUGGGCCUGGUCCAUUCAUUACCCGUAUGGUGUGGAAACUGCUUCCACGUGGUUGGGGGUGCUGGGAUCUCUGUCAGCAGGAGCCAGGGGGACUUGCAGGUGAUGUGGUUCCUUCCGAUAGGAGCACUGCCGGUUCCCUGGCACGAGUUACAUGGCUGUGGAUCAUGACAGCAUCAUUUGCCCAGGCACUGUGAUCAGACGUUGAUGACGUGAUGUGGGAUCCAACCACCACUCGAAUUUGGGUUUUGGGAUGUACCUGUGUGGCAGUUUCCCGUGUGGGGCUUUAGCAGGAAGUAAAAAUGCAGCUGGCUAUGUGAGCUUACCCUUCUGAGAACCUGACUUGGUCUAGUUAAAGUGAGUUACAGUGAAGUCCCGCUGAUAUUCCUGGGUGCAGUGAGUGACCAUGGCUGGAGGCCCUGGAGCUUUCAAGGGGGUCUGACGUCACUUGGACCGGAGCUGGUGUGUUCCAGGUGAGGUGAGACGGGAGUUCUCCCUGUCUCACAGUUCAUUCCCACUUGCAAUGCAUCACUUGGUAUG